AUGCAACAGCCCUCGCCGCUCGCAAAUCCGCUCGCCACGGUCGCCCAAUUGCGGGAGACUGGCUCGCAAAUCGACAAUAUACCGCGCGAUCUCGAGGAUUCUGUGCGCUUUGCGGGGGCGCAACUGACGCAGGCCGCGGGCAUCUUGUUGCGCUUGCCGCAGGAGGUGAUUGCGCAGGCCAUCAUCGUCUUUGCGAGGUUUUGGCUGGGACCCGAAGGAGGGAGCUUGGCGGAAUUCGGUGCUCGUCAAGUUUCGGCCGCUUCGAUUUACCUGACGACAAAACUAUCUGCCUAUCCAAAGUCCCCCAGGAGCAUUGUCAAUGUCUACGCCUACCUCGACUCUAUUCCUUUCCCCUCCUUCGAAACAGACGUCUUGCGAACGGAAAAUAAAGCGGAAGAGUACUAUGUCUCUGAAGGAACUUACCAGACGCGUAAACUGGACCUGUUCGAGACUGAACAGCGAAUCCUAAAGGUCUUGGGAUUCCAACUUCAAGUCUCGCUACCAUAUGCUCUGUGCAUUACAUACCUCCAAGCACUCGAUGUCUUCUCGCAUCCUCGCGCGUCCGAACUCGCAAAGCGAGCAACUGCACACCUAAACACCGCGCUUCUGAGUCCGCAGCUCAUGUACCUUACUCACCAGCCUCCCAGUCUUGCUACAGCCGCCAUAUACCUUGCCGCAAAGGAAACGGGCAUCAAGUUACCGGAUGUCGAGUGGUGGGAGGUCUUUGAUACCGAUCGCGAAGAGCUAGGGUUCUUGGUGGUAGCUCUACUCAGCGUGGAGAGCUUCGCAAAAGAGGAACAGAAAGUAUGGCAAGGAAAGAAAGUGCCAAUGACGGUCGAGGCUGUCGAAGCGGAAUUGAAGAGGAGGCAUGCCAGCCAGGAUUGA